AUGGACAGUAGUCCGACGAAAUACGUUUAUUGCAACGACUUGCCCUCUGUGGCGUACGCUACACGCAUCCUCGCACUUUCCCCUGUCCUUAUCAUCGACUGUGAGGGGAGAAACAUCGGUGGACUCGAUGGCGCACUCUCGCUCAUGUGCAUCGGCACAGAGAAGGCAGAAUACAUAUUUAUGUUUGACGUCCUCGCUCUCAAACCAUUCAAGUUCCGUCUCAUGCCCCUCUUCUGCGUCCUCGCCAACUCGGCAGUCAAGAAAGUCAUGUGGGACUGCCGCAACGACUUUCUCGAGAUACUGAGCGAAUACGACGUCAUGCUGACCAGUAUCCUCGACCUCCAGCUGGCCGAGAUUCAGGCCCGCACGGCUGUGAACAAGGAAAAAGACUUCCAACGCAUACAGCGUUUUUCAUGGGGCAGUCGUGCCGUGCCACUGCGUACGAUCAAGCAGAACCAAGAGCUUUUCUUGGGAGUACACCGUCUCCAAGGCAUGGAUGCCUGCAUUCGCAAAGCUAACCUUCCCACCACAGGGAAAGACCCCCAAGUCGUCGCCAUGCACAAAGCCGUAGGUUCUGCCAUAUGGCUAGAUCGACCUCUCCCCCCUAAUCUCUUAGCAUACGCCGCCCACGACAUCGAGAUGAUUGCAAUGUUGUACGAACACUUCAAAACGAACUCAUGGAUUACGUCUGCUAACGAGCUACUGCUCGUGGCUCAGAGCAUGCGCUAUGCAUAUUCACUCUUCUACCAAGGUCGCGUAGCCGACAACGACGUCUUUGGGCCGUGUGCAGUGUUACCGUUGGACGUACUCAGCGAAUCUCGUGGACCCCAUUUCCAGUGUCAUGGCUGUCACCGGAUGCAGUCGCUAUCCUGCUAUAGCGUUAGGAAACAAGGCAAGAAGCCUCAGGCGAGGUCGAACAUUUGUCGUACUUGUCAGAUCAAAGCUUUGUUGAAGGAAACGAAAUAUCCUAUUAUUUGGGUGGCUGUCAGUGUCCCUGAAAUCAGUUUAUCAUGUUCUUUUCCACUGACACGCGUAUUGGACUCUAGGUGUGAUCGUUUGUGCUCUGUUGGGUUGUUGUAG